GAGGACCACUGAGCUGCUGCUGCAGAGACCUGACGGCUUAACACAUCAUCUCUGGAGUGUGAAUCCAGCAAAAUCCAAGAGAGGGGGGCAUUUAGGAGCCCCAAUCUUUUUAUGAGUUUCUUCGUAGAAUCUGGAGAACAGCAUUUGUGAUCUGGAGUCGUGACUGAGGUCUCUGCAUCUGGAAUACAUUGUCUGCUGCUCUCCCCCCUAAAGACAGCUGACUUCAGAGCACACACCUUCUUGUUCUGAAGAAGCUGACGUCUUAACCAUUGCCACCCCAAGUCUAUAAGCCAGGAUGAAUCUUCAAAGGUCCAGAGGAGUUCUUUCUACCUUUAUCCCAAAUGACCUUACAACAUAUAAAGGGGUUUUGGUGCAAUUCUGCAGGAUUAGAUAAAGUGUGGACCCAACUACACUGGCAUCCAAAGAGGUUCUAAUGAUGAGACAACUGGAUCUCCUCCUGAGGCCAUGAGUUGACACUGCUCUUCCUAACUUCUCUCCUCCUGGGGAAACGCCAGAAAUCCAGUGGUAACCAAAAUGUGAUCAUCUAAUAAUGCAAAUCAGCUCCAAAAUCAUGAAGGGCAUUAUCCUUUGGAUUUUAACACUCACUUUGGGUGUAAAAAGUGCUCAGCUCUGUCCCAAAAGAUGUGUGUGCCAGAACCUUGCUCAGUCCUUGGCAAUCCUAUGCGCUAAAACCGGACUACUGUUCGUACCAUCAGUCAUCGAUAGGAGGACGGUGGAGCUGAGACUCACCGACAACUUCAUCACGGUGAUUAGAAGAAAGGAUUUCACCAACAUGACCCGUCUGCUCCACCUUACGCUAUCAAGAAACACCAUCAGCCAAAUCACGCCUUACACCUUUGCCGAUCUACGUGGUCUACGGGCUUUACACCUGGACAGCAACCGCAUCCUUUCCAUGGGGUACGAGCAUCUUAGGGGACUGCAGAACCUGAGACAUCUUAUUCUCAGCAACAACCAGCUCAGUGAAAUCACUCCAGGAUCUUUUCAGGAUUUUUUAGGCACAUUGGAAGACCUGGACCUUUCCUACAACAAUCUGGCAAACAUUCCUUGGCAAGCCAUUUCAAAACUGACCAACGUAAAUUCACUGAGUCUUGAUCACAACCUCAUUGACUUUGUGCCCAGUGGUGUUUUCACAAAUCUUCACAAACUGGCCAGACUGGACAUGACUUCGAAUAAACUGAAGACUAUUCCUCCAGAUCCUUUAUUCCUACGCAUUCCGGUCUACGCAAAGUCCAAAGGAUCACCCUUGUCUUCCCUUGUGUUGGGAUUUGGAGGAAAUCCUUUGCACUGUAAUUGUGAGCUCCUGUGGCUCAGACGAUUCACUAGAGAAGAUGACCUGGAAACGUGUGCAUCACCUUCUAAUCUUCUAGGGAAGUACUUCUGGAGUAUAGCAGAGGAAGAGUUCAUGUGUGACCCACCGGUUAUCACACAUCACUCACCACACAUAAUGGUCAUGGAGGGAGAGGAAGUCGUUCUCAAGUGCAAAGCGAUUGGUGACCCUGAGCCUUCCAUUCAUUGGGUAUCACCAGAGGGUAAGGUUGUCUCAAAUUCCUCUCGAAGUGUCUCCUAUGAAAAUGGGACUUUGGAAAUCAGCAUCACCACAGUCAGAGACAGUGGCCUGUUCACUUGCAUUGCUUCCAACACUGCAGGGGAUGCCACCGCAUCCGUAGAGCUGUCAGUGAGCCCCCUACCUCAUCCGGCCAAUGCCAGUCAAAGGGGGCACAGGCCUGAUAAAGGGCCUUCAGACAUUCUCACACCAGCUAAGCCUGGAGCCUCCAGCAAUGACUCUAUGAACCACCCAGAACGGAAAGUGAUAACUGCUGAACUGAGCCACAACUCUGCUCUUAUACAGUGGUUUCUAGAUAGGAAUAUUCCUGGGAUUCGGAUGUACCAGAUUCAGUACAACAGUUCCACAGAUGACAGUCUCAUUUACAGGAUGAUACCUCCAAACAAUCGCAGCUUCUUGAUCAAUGACUUGGCUCCUGGACGGGAGUAUGACCUCUGUGUCCUGGCUGUCUAUGACGAUGGGAUGACCUCGCUCACUGCCACCCGAGUUGUAGGAUGUGCUCAAUUCAACACUAAAGAGGAGAAUGGACAGUGUCAACCUCUCCACACCCAGUUUCUCGGAGGCACCAUGAUCAUCAUCAUUGGUGGAAUCAUUGUGGCUUCGGUCCUGGUUUUUAUCAUUAUCCUAAUGAUCCGAUAUAAAGUGUACAGUGGCCAGGAGGAAGUCGGGAAAGCCAGGGUCAGUAAUGUGUAUUCCCAGACAAAUGGACAACAAGGUACGGCCUGUGCUCACUCCUGUGUCAAGAUCACUGGGGCUCCAGAGGAGCUGCCACUAAAUGCCGAUUUUACUAGAGAAGAAGAGUUGUCACCAAGCACAAAACCAGCACAAGAUGCAUGUGAACCAAAAAGUUCUGUGCCCAAACAAGGUUGUAAAAAUUCUGGGGAGAAGAGAUUAUCUUGUGAGUGGACAGAUGUCAACAUCUGAUGGAGCUUACAGGAUGAAGAAAGAUGACUACAUGCGGAAUGCCGGAAGUCUACGACAAAGAUAUCAGAUGGUUAAAAGCUGAUUCAUCGAGAGAGAUGUUAUAACGCUGCUGUUUCCUGACCCUCUCGUUUGCAGUCAGAUUGCUGUUACAGACUUGUUGCCAUGGAAAUGAGCUGGAUAAAGUUUCUGAUCCCCUUUCCACAUUAUUCUCACAAACACGAUCACCCCCACCCCCUCCACCCGAACAGUAUCUUCUUUAAACCACCUUGGACAAUGAUGGUCUCAAUUCCAUUUCUAUUUCCCAUCAGACCUGAAAAUGUUUUUCUAUU